AUGAAGCGAGCCGCUGGCGAUAGCAGCGUAAAUCUUCCAAAUAAAUGUCAGAAGGCGAUAGCAUCCACCAUUAAAGACGCAGUAGUGCCCAAAGAGGUUAAAGAGGCCGCAUGGGUUGCGGAUCCAAACCAGGUGUUUAGAUUUCUGUAUCUACCAGGAGAAUUACGAAAUCGUAUCUAUGAAAUGGCAGUGGAGUGGAGCCAUCGCUGCUUCCCCAUGACACACCGAAAGCCAAAAAAGCCUAGAAGUCGAAAGCGAACUCCAGGUGAUGAGGACCGCGGAGCAGCCGCCAAGCCGUUUCCUUACAUAGGGUUGACACAGGUUUGUUCUCUUAUUCGAAAUGAAUUCCGACCUUUGUGGCUAUCAACGCACCGCUUCCCGCCCUUCGCAUUGGAAGGCUACUUCAAGGUCUUCUUCCCAGUACUCCGCCAGACCUCACACUUGGAUGGUAAGAGCCGAAAACGCAUCCAGAGCUACUACAACCCCGCUGGCAUCCUCCGCAUUUUGAUCAAGGACGAUUGCAUGAGAGACAUCGACAUUCUCCCUCUCCUAAGGUUCCGUCUCCGAUUUCCUGCCUAUAUCAUAGAUAUCGUAUCCGCUCAUCCCGAGAUCAAUCCCUACCUCAUGAAGUUCCUCACUAUUCUGAUCAACAACGAUAGCUUCACAUGGGUCGCGUACAUCAAGCAGCGGAGCAUUACACAGGUUCUAGUGCAAGCCGAGUUCUAUGCAGGUCGACCUCUGAGAGCGGCAAUGCAUGUGGUGAUUAAGGAGAGGCAGAUGUCUGAGUGGGUUGAGCCAGGUGGACAUUUCAAGCCUCUCCAUUGGACGGAGCUCAAGAGAAUUCUCGGUGUUGUGGAUUUGGAUUGCGACGUCAGCUUUGGUGUGGAUUAUUGGUGA